AUUAUAUUUCAUCAACACCAACCAGGAUGGGGCUACACCCGCUCGAACUCCUUUUCAGGAUGCCAAACAUCUUCGGUGACAUCGCGUAUCUUCGAUUGGUCGGUUAUGACGUCAUCGUCUUGAGCGAUUACAAGAUAUUGAAAGAAGCCCUCAACAGGAAUGACUUUUCUGCCCGUCCAAAACCCGUUUACACAAACGUUGCCGGGAGGAAUAACUUCGGUCUCGUCGCUUCCUCGGGUGAUGUUUCAAAGGAACAACGGCAGGUGGCGCACUCCUUCUUUCGAGAUCUUGGCCUGGUCAAGAGAAGCAUGGAAGAAAAGAUAGUCGUCGAAAUCAACUAUCUCAUGGAAGAGUUUAGAAAAUCAGAGGGAAAAUCUUUCAAUCCGAAAGUGAUGAUAAACAACGCUGUUUCGAACAUCAUCUGUUCCGUCCUAUUUGGGUCCAGGCACGAGUAUAAUGAUCCAGUCUUCAAUGAGAUGUUAGACGCACUCAAUUCGAAUCUGCAGAUUAGUAAAUCCGGCGGACUCUUCUUCUUCCUGCACGCCAUAGCUAACAUCCCCAAGACCCCUGGCCACAAGAUUCGCCAGAAUGUGACCUGUAUCUCCAGCAAUAUCAAGAAAUUCCUCGAGGAUCAUCUCAAAGACCACCAGGCCGACUGUCCCCGCGACAUGCUCGAUAUGUACAUCGAUAAGAUCCGUCAGAACCAGAAGAACGGUACUUCAUCGUCCUAUGAUAAGAUCAACACCGUAUUCAGUCUCGCCGACAUCUUCAGCGGUGCUUCGGAGACCACGACCACCACAUUGCGGUGGCUUAUGCUCCAUUUGAUCACCAAACCCGACAUCCAGAAAAAAAUUCAAGCCGAGAUCGACAAAGUAGUCGGACGAGACAGAUUCCCGACGUUACAGGAUAAACCAAAUCUUCCAUACACCGAGGCAACCAUUCUAGAGGUCCUACGGCUCAACUUCGUCACACCUCUCGGAGUCCCACAUCAGUACAUGGGGCGUGGCGAUCUCCGUUUCCAUGGUUACGAUAUACCCGAGGGCGCCAUCAUCAUUGCCAAUUACUGGAGGAUAUCACGAGAUCCAAAGAUUUGGGAUGACCCGGAAGUGUUCAAGCCCGAACGCUUCCUGGACGCAGAGGGGAACUGCGUGAAGCCUGAAGAGUUGAUGCCGUUCAGUAUUGGUAAACGAAUGUGCAUCGGUGAACCGCUGGCCAAAAUGGAACUCUCUCUGAUCUUGGCAUACCUUCUCCACCAGUUCACCUUUACCUUACCGGAAGACGAGCCAUCGUACUCCAUGAAAGGUUCUUUUGGCGCCGUCAAUACACCCGUAUCCUAUGAAAUCCGCGCAAUACCACGAGACUGAAUAGAGUAGAAGUCGCCGAACGCUUCACGGACGGGCUAAGAUCCGACUACGAUCGGAAUGCGAUCGUCGUAUGACCGGACUAUUGUAAAAAAGACAUUUGAGUAAAAAAAAAUAA